UGUUGUAUUUGGGUUUUUGCUGUGUUUUCUCGGAUUUCCAAUUAGAAAGAAGUACUCGGGAAGUAUUUUAGUGUAAAAAAUGGAUUCAGACCCAGAAGAGGUUUUGUCUCAUCUCCAUCAGUUGGUAAAAAAUGUGGAACCAAUCAUAAAAGAAUCAGAUUCAGUUGAAGCAGCUGAAGAUGCAAUUUUGCAUUUAGAAGAAACAGACGAAAAUUUUCACAAAUAUGAUUUUGUUCGUCACAUCCACAAUCAAUUGGAAUCAGCGAUGGGACAUUUGAUUGAUGAAGAAAUAGAAAAGAACAGCAUGGGAGGCAGCAGCAUGAACGCAACAUCUGGACAAGAAACUCUCGUUCAACUUGUCACCAAUUCUGUUGCUGAUUCUAAAGGAUUUUCAUCUAUUGUGAAAAAGCUAUGCUCAGAGACUAUGGCAGCAUCUGAGACAAUAAUUCAAAGUAUAGAAGACGAGAGAUUGAGUGCGAUAGGAGAAGAAGAUUCCAACAGUCAACCAAGUAGAAGACAUCAAUCUGUGUUUAGUGAUGGAGGUUCAACAUAUGAUCAUGAUGGUUUAUAUUUCUUAAGUCAGAAACAAUUCCACUUGAUAGCCGAUGAGAUGGACAGUCAAAAACCACUCAAUGUGAGGAGAGAGGCUUUGAGAAGAUUAUGCCAAGUUCCUCCCUCAGAUGUAAUGGCGAGUGAGAGUUGGUCUCAGUUGAGAAUAUCUCUCAUGGCUGCUCUAGCGGACAAUGACACCCAUAUUGCUCAUGAUGCUCUUAGCUUUCAUGCUAAGAUGUUUGCAGUUUCAAACCACCAAAUAAUGAAAGAAACGUACACCUGCCUUGCUGAACAUCUUCAAACAUUAUUUAGAUUAUGGCCUAACACAUUACGGGAGUAUCAAUUUCAAGAGCUACUUAAAUCAUAUGAGUAAAUUUCAAUUUCAAUCGACCCCUUUAUUUUAUAAACCAGAAUUCGACUUUUGAACGAGUUCCAACAGCAAGUUCCAUCAAUAUGGGUACGUUAUCCUGAAAACUUCUUAGAAGCAAUCGUUGAAAGUACACUCUCAAUUAUUGUACUACAUCCAAAACCAGUUCGGGGUGGAGCUAAAGAGUUAAUUUCGCCAUUACAUUUCUUUUCUCUCGUUGACACAAAAGCAAAUUGGUUGAAAAAGUGGUUGCAUGGAAAUUACAGUAGAUAUGUCGUAAUAAAACAAAUGCAGCAAGAUUUCAGAGUCUUUCUACAAGAUGCAGUUGAACAUUGUAUCAGUUUCUGUGAUAAAUGCAGAAUAAAACAAUCCAACAGUGGAAUGACAAACUUGAUGAAGAAAAUGAAACAACAUAAAAUAGCAGAAGAAAAACGCAGAACGAAGUAUUCACCAGCAGAACUAGAGCAUCUCACUUUCAUUCAUUCAUUGUGUGUUCUUGGUCGUUUACUACUCUAUUCGCAAGGUCGCGACCUUUUUCCAGUUCGAACAAGGCAAGGAAAAGAAGUUUCAAUCCAGACUCUUGUUAUAACAUGGAUACAGAUAUUAAAUCUUGCAAAACACAAACCGAAAUAUGACCAGAAGAGUUAUGAACCUGCGUUACUCGCUGGAAAGAUUCUACGAACUCUCUGUAGCUCGAGUGCAUUUGUUGAAAAUUGUUUGAACACAGAAAUUAUCGAUGCUCUGUUGUCUCCUGUGAAGUCAUGGCUACAUGAAGGAAUAUCAAAUCAAGAUUCAGAAAACCAGGCAAGUGAAGCCACCAUGCUUCAUAUCUCAGAAAUACUAGCUUGUCUCACAUCCACUGUAUCUGGGAGGAAUAAACUAAUGUAUGGAUGCUCCGAUAAAACUAUCGGCUCCAGAAAGUUCUCAGCUGCCGCUCAUGUUGUUGCUGAAUUCGCACAGAAAGCAUUAUGUGGCAACUUACCUUCAUUAUCAAAACGAACCCAGAGUUAUCUCGUCACAGGAUCGUUUGUAUUUGUUUGUCGACAAAUGUACAACACAUGUGAAGGACUUGCGUUACUACAAGAAUAUAGAUUGCAUGAAUGCCUUGCAAGAGCAUGGAAACAGAUUCAUGACAAGCACGGAGAAGUGUCAACGCCAACUGGGUCGGAAGACGGUAACGAUUACCAUGGUAACAAUGACAUCACCGAUAUAUCUCCAAGCCAAUCAAUAUCUCACAAUAUGUUGCUAUGGGAGGAAAAUUUGAUUGACAACUUAUUGAACUAUGCUGCAACACCGAAGGGACUCCUGCUUUUGCAACAAACUGGAGCAAUCAAUGAAUGCGUCUCAUACAUGUAUACAAGAUAUAGGAAGAAGUUACAGGUUAGCAAAUGUGAAAAAUUUGGAUAUGGUGUAAUGGUGACACAAGUUGCGGCAACAGCUCCAGGAAUUGUCGCUCUCCAACUUGCUGGGUUUGAGAAGGCAUUGGUACAUGAACUAUGGGCUGGACUUGAAUGUGCUUCGGAUGAAAUAAGAAUGACCGCACCUCCACCACACCCCAUAUCACCGAUUGAUAAAUCUGUUCAUAAGUGUUUCAUUGGGCUUGUGAAUAUUCUGAGUUCUUAUGAUGCCGUGUUUCACAUAUUUCAUCACCAGACUUUACCAAAUAAACCGUCGUAUAGUUUCAGAGAAGUUCCAGAUUCUGUAUUGAAAGUGUUUGAUCGACUUGUGAUGAUAAAUUCAGAAGCAAAAGUUCAUUCUUUGUUUAACCAUGAACAAUCUCACGUGUUUGGACUUAGGUUGUUGAAUGUAUUGGCGUGUAGUCUUGAUACCUGGUUAUUGCUUGAAACUCAGUACAGCAUCCAACAAACGUUACUGCAAAUGCAGAAAGAUGAUUGCACUUAUGAAGGAAAUAUUAUUAUCGACGCUCUAUCGGUUGAUCGUAACCAUAUUCUUGUACGAACUCAAGCGAUCGGAGGACCCUCGGAACGUCGGAUACCUCCUCGAUCGUUAGAACCAAUGAUUCACAAAGGAUCAAAACAACUUGCGUAUCCGUGGCCUUUGUUUAAUAAGUUUCCUCUUCCUAAAGAAUAUACACCAACAUUGAGUGGGAAAUCUUCUGUCAAAAAAGAAAGUGUUGUCAGCCGUUUUCUCUCAAAAACAAAAGCAUCUGAUAAGAAUCGUGGGUGGCUGGAACAAUGCAGAGAUAUGUUUGUUAAAACCAUGAUAUCAGGUCCAGGUGUAUUGAAAGGCAGCAUACUUGCAGAUUUAUUAGACAAAGCAGUUGUUGCUCAAGAAAGAAUGCCAGAGGAAAGAUUGUUUCCUAAUCCUUCUAUUAAAGAUCCACCUUUGAAAGAUUCCCUAAGUCCUGUGUCCACUGCUGGAAUCAAAAUGACGGUAAGAUAUGGUAAGCAUCUCAACUUAAUGAAGAGUAGCACAGAGGCCACAGCGAAUAAUUUGAAUUUCGUUCUUCGACAUUGUCAAACUAUGCUUGAGGAUCAGCAAGAGAAAGUGUCUGGCGGUGGAAAAAACAAUAAUGUGCAGAUUAAAACUCUGCAAGGACCAUACCAUGGUUUUGAUUGGUUUGUCAGCACCAUAUUCCUGAUGAAUGGAGGAAACAAAGACAAGACGUGGAAUUUUCUGCAAAAAUUUUCUGACCUGCUCUGCUCAGGAUUCUUGUGGCCAGCAAGACUACAUGCUAGUAUUCACUUGCCAAAAGAGAUGCGAUCGAGUGGAAUACAUCCUUUAUUUUCACACACAGGACAUCAUGUGGAAUUAAUUUUACAGAAUGAACUUCCACUUGUCCACUCCACAUUUCGAAUGUGUGGUUACACUCCGUCACAAAUAUGUCAGCAUUGGUUACAGCAAUGUUUCUGGAAUUACAUGGAUUGGAAUCAGAUUAAUCAUUACAUUGCUGUUGUUAUUAUAUUGGGAACUGAUUAUCAGGUUUACAUCUGCAUCAGCAUUUUCAAACAUUUGCAGGAACAAAUUCUUGAGCACAGAUUAACGCAAGAUUUACAAGUAUUUUUGAAGGAAAACCCUUUUCAUGGCUACAAUGUAGCCCCGUACAUGGAUUAUAUGCAAAUGUUGGAAUCCAAGUAUAGAGGAAUGGUUUUGUCUGAUCUACGUGGUAUUGCAGGAAAGAGCGGAAAAUAAUAAAUUUCAGUUACUUGCAGUAAAUGUGUUAGCGCUGAGUAGAUGGCGCAAAAUAAAAAAUAUUUGUGGAUUUAAAGACAGCUUUGGUUUUAUCAUGUUUGACAUCACUGGUCUUUGUAAAUGAAGCGAACGUGACUGUUCUGUUGAAUGAAUCUCGAUAAUUUAUUUUUCAUCAUGUUGCAUGUUUGUAAAAUUUAUAUUUUUGUAGAAAUAAAUAUUGAACCAG